GAGCAGGCCCAAACCAUGAUGCUGCCACCACCAUGUUUGACAGUGGGGACGGUGCAUUCAGGCAGGAGGAAGUGGGGACUGAGAACCGAAGGAACACCAGAACCAAGCUCACUCCAAAGAAAGCAGAGAGCUCUUCCUCAGGUUGUCGGUUUGACUCCCAGAGCAGCAGGAAGGACGGCACGCUGCAGAAGAUCGGAGACUUCCUGCAGAACUCCCCGACUCUGCUGGGCUCCAAAGCCAAGAAGAUGAUGAGCCUGGUCAGCGGCCGUCUGGACCCAGACUCAGCAGCCGCCUCUUCCUCCCUCAGCCUGAGGGCCAAGAGGGGCAGAAAUAAACUCUACAGACCUGAAAUCUCCUGCCCCAUGGACAUGCCCCCCCACCCGAUGAUCAACCAGGAGACGGAGUGCGAGGGCCAGAGCGACCAUGACAUCAUCAAACGGUGCCUGUGCAGCAGAGCGGCUAAGUCCUAG